GGAAAAGCAGGAAGAAGGUGUGAAGAAUUUUAAGGAGCUGUUCUUUCAGCACUAUGGAAGGUCGCAGACAUUCUGGCUAUCUAGCCGAUGAUGAGAGCUUCAGAAGGCCUCAGGACAUCAACUCCCACACCAGUCCUAGAAGAGAUCCUUGCGACUGGAGGGCCAUGCUUCGGCCUCCGUCGCGCUGUCAGCACCGAACCCAACCAUCAGUCACUUCCACAGGGUCCUUCCACAGCUUCUCCCAGGGAGACCAAGGGAAACGGAAACGCCCCCAAAGCAGCAGCAGCGGCAGCAGCGGCGGCAACGAGAGAACCAGCGACCUGGCCAACGAAUUUUCAGAAUUUGUGGACUUCUUAGCCGACGAGGAUGUCCUGGAGAGCCUUCAGCAGAUCGUGGAAGACGCCGUUAAGAAGCUCCGCGAUGUGACGUCCCAAAGUGGGGAAACCAUCUUUGACUUCCAGGAGGAAUCCGCCUCCAGCGUGGAGAGCGAGACGUGGUCUUAUUCCUACAGCUCGACACAUUCCCAGAUCAAGUACCAAACCACGACCACCAUGUCCACCAUGUCCAGCUCAGACGACGACCAGGAAAAGCACUUUAUGAGCCCGGAGUCGUCGAAGACAGGGGGAAAAAUUUGCCUCCUCGAUAAAUAUGUUUCCAGGCUCCCCAAAGUUGGAAAGCAAAUUGCUCAGGAACUAUCGGGAGGAAUCCAUGCUGAGGCAUUUUCCGAACAGUCAGGGGAAAGCUACUUCCAGCAGCAGCAUUUGCACAUCUGGGCUAAGUCGUUUGAACAUCCCCGGAGGGAGUUUUUUGCCAAGAUCCAGAGAGCCUUCCCUCAAGAUUCGCUGUCGUUCGAAUCGCUCCACAAGGAAAUCACCAACGUCUUGAAACGGCCGGUUCGACAUGGCAUCCCCAUGCAUUACAUCUGUCACGAGCACUUGCACGCCUUCCUGGAAGAGACCAAGGUCUUGGCCGGCCUCCAGGACGUCAUCAACCAAGCGGUUCUCAAAGUUUUGGAGGCCACCAUGACAGGCGGGAUCCCGUUCCUCGAUUUUUCACAUCAGCACAGGUACUCUACGCCGUGGGACUCUGAGGAAGAAGAGUACACCAUCACGGAAAGUUACGAAAGUGAGGAAGAAACAUCCGAGGAAUAUGAAGAAGGCUUCGAUGGGAUCUGCAAGAAGAGGGUGGAGAAGAAGAAGCAACCACUCUCGGAGGACGGGAAACCUCUCCCCAAAUCCAAACAGAAGCCAACGACCCCGGAGGAGGCCGCUCGCAAGGCCAAAUAUGUCCCGCCCCCGCCCUCCAAAACCAAGGAAACCAAGACAAAAUACGUCCCGCCACCCCUCCCGAAAUCAAGGAAGAAACAAGAGCCGAGCCAGGCCGAAACAGAGACAACCAAAUCGAUAAGGCAUGCCAUCACUCCAAAAGACAUCAAACGGGCCCGCUUACAGGGUAAACCUGUUCCAAAGCAGUCCAUCAUCGACUUCUUGAUCGAAAACGCCGCAAAGCUGAUCUUAUACAAGUACAAUUAUGAAACUCUCCUUUCCGAGAAGCUGGGUUUUAUCUCCGUCCCGGUCACCAAGGUUCUUCUGGAGAUCAUGUUUGGCUACAAGAAAAUUAAGGGCAGCGGGAUACGUCUUUCUUCUCAGAUCGACUGGACCAAAGUCUACGACGAGCUCUACAAGAAACGGCCACCCAAGCCCAAAGUGCCCAAACAGGAGAAGAAGAAGAAAGGCGAAGAGAAGAAAGAGAAGAAAGGUGGGGAGAAGAAAAAAACCGACGAGAAGAAGAGCUUGUUCAUGAAACCACUAGACACGCCCAAAGGAAAAGUGAUCAGCAUGAAGACAGCUGGGGAGCACGGCACCAUAAAGGGCUCAUCGGAUCAGGGAGAACCAGAGAUUUUUGAGAUCGUCCCUCCCCAGUUCCCAUCCGAUGCUGAGCCGGCCUCAGCCGAUGAGAAUAACGGCACUGAACCGCCAAGCUCGAAGUUCUCUCCUUCCAGUGCAAAGGCCUCGACCAUCAUGGAGGACAAUCCUAAGAAAUUGGGAGUUCCCGAUUUGGAGAAGACGCCUUCGUCUCUUGGCACACCAAGGCAUUCGUUGACCAACCGAAAACCUACCGCAGCUGGUCUCUUACCAGAGGUGGAUGCCGCCAGCCAGGGCUCUGAAGUCCAGGGGAGGAAAUCUUUGUCGCACAAGACGAGCUACAUUGGAGAAGGGAGCAAAACCGUGCUGCCGAAAAUCUGAAACUCAAGCCUUCUCUGAUUAAUAAAGGAUAUACGUUUGUCUACGGGCCCUGCCAACAUCCGAUUCCGUGCCUUUCCCGCCACCGAAUCUAACCGGUAUCUCCUCUGCAAAACGACCAGCCUCUUGAACUUUCCGAUAUAGAGUUUUUGUUUUUGUUUUAAAUUCAUGAAAUGUUGAGUUUUAUUCUUCAGAAUCCAUCCUCUCUUCCAUCUCCUGGUCAGAGAUGUCUUG